AAACACCGUUUGGAAGCAACGUGCAUUGAGUAGAAAGUGACAGAAGAGGAGAGAAGAGGACAAGUCCGAGCUCUGCUGCUGCUGCUGCUGUGACCAAAAACCACCUGUGGCUCCGACUUCGCUGACCUGCAAAAAGAAAAAAAGUCUGCUCAAAAUGGCCGUGAUGCUGAAGCCGUGGACUGUGCUGGUGGCUGUAGCACUGUGUGUGCUGGUGUGUCUGGGAACACUGGCGGACGCCUACCCCCCCAAGCCCGAGAACCCCGGUGAGGACGCCCCGCCCGAAGAGCUGGCCAAGUACUACACUGCCCUGAGACACUACAUCAAUCUGAUCACAAGGCAGAGGUAUGGGAAGCGCUCAGCUCAGGAGGAUUUGGUUGCAGAUUUCCUGUUUGGUGCCGACAGCAACAGAGACCAGAGGUCAAGAUAUGACGAUUCCUACAUGUGGUGAGUCGGCCGUCCCCCGCCCUCCUCAUCUGGCAUUCCCUCUGAGUGUGUCCCACAAUGCACCUGGAGGGGCCUACGCGUGCCUCUGACCCCUGACCCCUGAAUCCGACCCCUUACCAAUGACCAUCACUGACCAGAAUACACGCUCUCUGUCUCUCUGUGUCUCCUUUCACUGUCUCCCAUCUCACUAAAUGCAAGAUGUUUAUACAUAAUUUAUUAUUGAGAUAAAAUAUAACCUAUAUAUAUAUGAGAUUGUGCUACUAAUCAGAAGGUGGAUCUGUGUCUGUGUGUAUGCGUGUGAACAUUAACGCCCCCUACUGUCCAACUACUGUUAAGAAGAGAUAAUUCUUGUUUUACUGUUGCUCCUGUAAAAAGUAACAUCAGAAUAAAUUAAUAAAAACUUUUCUGUGUGACUAA